GGAGCAACCUACUUGAUUUCACAGGCAUAUAAGUAACAAUGUUUGGAGAAGACAAUAAAUGGCCUAAAUACAAGCCAUAACGCAAAAGUUUAAGUUAUACUCUUCUUUUUACAGCUGAAAUAGACAAAUAGAUUUUGUCAGUAGUUUUUUAUUUCUUCUCGAAAAAGGUGUAAGUGAUUUAUACAGACGCCAUGGCUGGAUUUCCCAAUGUGGUGCUCGUGCUUUGCUCGAUCCUCAUCAUAGCGUCAAGCGAUUCUUCGACUAUCCUCAAGUCAACACUAGGAGUUUCGAUGUCUACUUUCACCUCCCAGGGCGAUACUUCCAUCGAGUACUCCGACAUAAGUUUUGGAAGUACUUCUUCAGGGAGGUACUCGACUCCGCGAAAACAAGACGUGACAGCGACUACGCUAUCCUCGAAUCCAACACAAAGGGGAGAAAAGAAGGAGAGGCCAACCUGGCUUUUCUGAGAUUGGACUACUUACAAAUGGCGAAGAGAGCGCUGGCGCUACUUCCGCCCAGGAGACUUCUGGCUCGUCCUGAUGACGUCAGCGAAACCUGCUAUGAAGAGCUGAUGACGUUUUUCGAUGCCCUUAUUGGGAGUCCCGAGAGAAGUUCUCAUGGACAGACAGAUUACAGAAGUAUGGACUGGGCGGUGCGAGUCUUUGACGCCUACGGCAAGCCCGGGCCAGGAAUACUGUCCGGAGCCCUCCAGUUCACCGGGUACUAUGACCAAUGCCUGGACACCAGGGCUGCAGUACCGGCGGGAACGAGGCUGGCCAACAACGUCGUGAACGAGACCAAAGACUUCGGCAUGAGAUACUGCAGGGUGCAGGCUAAUGUUGGUCGGAGUUUGAAUCUCACUUUCUCGGGACUAUGGAGUAUCUUGAUCUGCCUGUAGAGGGCGCUGUGUGCUUUGACGGGCCAGACUUUGAGGACGACCCUGGCGCCAUAGUUACGGUGACUGUUCUCGGUAUCUUCGCCUGCACCAUCAUCUUCUGUACCGCCCUGGACAUUUUCCUGAGGUUUGGGAGGACCAGGGUGCCUGAGAGCAGUGGUGGUAGUAGUGUGGGUGAGGAGCCUGCCCUUGGAGCGCGAGGGGGACCGAGUGUGAAUUAUACGCUAACGAUCUCAGAGGACCCUCCAGAGAAAGAAUCUCAUGCAGUUUCAGAGAAAGGUGAAGGUCGUACUCCAAACGCAAACGGCCAUCUUGAAAUGAAAAAAAUUCAUCUACACAGUAACGGGUACAAAAAGACAACAGACAAUAACCAUGUGAGCAGGGAGGAGAACAGCAAAAUCUCGGAGGCCAAAGGCAGAAAGGAGACCGUGGAAGUUGCUAUAAAGGGCAGAGGGGGAAAUAACAAGGGGAAGAGACCCGUUGGAACAGGUCACCAAAUUGUGAAGAUAUUUUCUUUCUACACGAACUUCGCCAAAUUGGUGAGGACGAAGUCGUCUGAAGGUGUCUACCAAUGUGUCCAGGGCAUCCGUGUGAUCACAAUGACGUGGAUCGUUCUGGGACACACCCACACCUUUGGCGCCAUCUUGGAUGAGACCAACCAGAUGUUUGACCAAAGCGUUCCUGGUGUGGGUGCUCGCUGUUGCCGUGGCCCUCUUCCUCCUCUUCAUCAACCACAACCAGUGGCGGGAGAGGGGUGACCACUGGUCAAGGGGAGUCCAGUCCACCUACGAGGCUCUGGUCCGGCCUGUGUGGGCCACGUGUGUGGCCUGGGUCAUCUACGCCUGCUGCAACGGACUUGGAG